ACACUAACCGCAGGUUUCCACUUCGGCCUCUCCUCCCCUUCCCCUGGGGGACGAUCCCUCCUUAGCCCUCCCCCCUUUCCUCCCUCUCCCCACCCUCUCCCCGCUCAAAGGCUCUACUCUCUUCCCAGCCCAUAGGUUUCCCCGGGGCCACAGCCUGAGCAGCCCUCGCUCCCACUCCCUCUUCUUCCCCGUCAGCCUACAGGUCCCACGAGCUUUCUAUAGCUCCCACCUCCCCUUCAAAGGCUGCCUCUCCUUCCUUUCGCCUAAACCUCGCCCCCCAUCUCCCUACCCCAGACCUCUCUGCCUCCCUUCCAGACUACACCCAAACUUGAAGGUCUCUUCUCUUCCUCCAGCUCCCCCAGUCUAGGUCUCCCCACUCCUCUCCAUCCUCUAUUUGGACCCUCUUAAGGUCCCAGCCUAGGCCUCACGCCGCCUCCCCACCUCAGCCCUCCCAAUCUCAAAGAUUCUGAACCCCUUCUCCCUCGGCAUUAAACAUCCAGGGUCCUCUACCCCCGCUCCAGCUUUAGGGGGUCCCUUCCCCCCCUCUGCCCCGCCCACUUUUAAGGGUCCCCCUUCCCUUCCCCACCUUCCAGCUUUAGGGGAUCCCCCUCCCCAGCAGCCCCCUAGUCCUAAGCGAACCCCACCUCCGUCCCCGCCCCCCUCCUCCCUAGGGCUCCCCUGAGCUCCCCACGCCCCUCCAGAGGGGUCGCCCGUUCUCCCACUCCCCCGCGCUGCCGCGCCCCAUCCCAUCCCCCCCCAGGCAGCUGGGCCCCCGCCCCCUCGGGUCCCCUCCGGGGCCGCCCGCCCCCUUCACCCUUGCUCCCUCCCCCCGCCCCGCUCCCCUUUGGACCUGCGCUGCCCCCGCCCGCCCCGCUUCGCCUCGCAGUGGGCCGCGCCCUGGCCCCGCCCCCAGCCCUACAACCACCGCAGGGCCCCGCCCCCGCGGUUCCUCCCCCCGCUCUGGACCCGCCCCCAGGCCGCGGCCCUCGCUGAUCCCUUCUCUCUCUCUCACGCCCUCUGCCGGCGACUGUCCUCACGAGGCAGCCCGGUCCCGCGGGGCCGCCCAGGAAAGGAGGCGGGACAUCCGCCCUCCUUUCCGGAAGUGACGCGAGAGUGUCAACAUGCAAGAUGGCGGCGCAUCACAGGCAGAACACGGCGGGGCGGCGGAAAGUGCAGGUGUCUUAUGUCAUUAGAGAUGAAGUAGAGAAAUGUAACCGGAAUGGAGUCAAUGCUCUUCAGUUGGAUCCAGCAUUAAACCGACUCUUCACUGCCGGAAGAGACUCUAUCAUUAGAAUAUGGAGUGUCAGCCAGCACAAGCAAGAUCCCUACAUAGCAUCUAUGGAACACCACACCGAUUGGGUAAACGAUAUUGUACUUUGUUGUAAUGGGAAAACAUUAAUAUCUGCUUCCUCUGACACAACAGUGAAAGUGUGGAAUGCCCAUAAGGGGUUUUGCAUGUCCACAUUAAGGACACAUAAGGAUUACGUGAAAGCCUUAGCCUAUGCCAAGGACAAGGAGCUGGUGGCUUCCGCUGGGCUGGACAGACAGAUCUUCCUCUGGGAUGUUAACACUCUCACAGCACUGACUGCCUCAAACAACACUGUCACAACUUCUUCUCUAAGUGGGAACAAAGAUUCCAUUUAUAGCCUUGCAAUGAAUCAGCUGGGAACAAUCAUUGUAUCCGGGUCCACGGAGAAGGUUUUGAGGGUUUGGGAUCCAAGAACGUGCGCCAAGCUUAUGAAACUCAAAGGGCACACAGAUAAUGUGAAAGCUUUGCUGCUGAACAGAGACGGGACUCAGUGCCUUUCUGGCAGUUCUGAUGGAACUAUCCGCCUCUGGUCUCUUGGCCAGCAGAGAUGUAUAGCAACCUAUCGAGUGCAUGAUGAAGGAGUAUGGGCCUUACAGGUUAACGAAGCCUUUACUCAUGUGUAUUCUGGAGGAAGAGACCGAAAGAUUUAUUGUACAGAUUUGAGAAACCCAGAUAUACGGGUCUUGAUUUGUGAAGAGAAAGCCCCUGUUCUCAAGAUGGAGCUUGAUAGGUCAGCUGAUCCUCCACCUGCCAUUUGGGUUGCAACAACAAAGUCUUCAGUGAAUAAAUGGACUUUGAAGGGAAUUCAUAACUUUAGAGCUUCUGGAGAUUACGACAAUGACUGUAACAAUCCUAUAACGCCCCUUUGUACACAGCCUGAUCAAGUUAUUAAAGGAGGUGCCAGUAUUAUUCAGUGCCACAUUCUUAAUGAUAAGAGGCAUCUAUUAACCAAAGAUACCAACAAUAAUGUGGCAUAUUGGGAUGUACUAAAGGCAUGUAAAGUUGAAGAUCUUGGCAAAGUGGAUUUCGAAGAAGAAAUUAAGAAAAGAUUUAAAAUGGUGUAUGUGCCAAAUUGGUUCUCGGUUGAUUUAAAAACUGGGAUGUUGACAAUUACACUGGAUGAGAGUGACUGCUUUGCCGCUUGGGUUUCAGCAAAAGAUGCUGGCUUUAGCAGCCCAGAUGGGUCAGAUCCAAAAUUGAACUUGGGAGGGCUUUUACUGCAAGCUCUCCUAGAGUAUUGGCCCAGAACCCAUGUUAAUCCAAUGGAUGAAGAGGAAAAUGAGAUGAACCAUGUGAAUGGCGAGCAGGAGAAUCGAGUCCAGAAGGGGAAUGGCUACUUCCAGGUCCCUCCACACACCCCGGUGAUCUUUGGCGAGGCUGGAGGCCGGACCCUGUUCAGGUUGCUAUGUCGGGAUUCCGGAGGGGAGACUGAGUCGAUGCUGCUUAACGAGACAGUGCCCCAGUGGGUUAUUGACAUCACUGUGGAUAAAAAUAUGCCCAAAUUCAACAAAAUUCCCUUCUACCUCCAACCUCACUCAUCUUCAGGGGCAAAAACCUUAAAGAAAGAUAGACUGUCUGCCAGUGACAUGCUCCAAGUCAGGAAGGUGAUGGAGCAUGUUUACGAGAAAAUCAUAAAUUUGGACAGUGAGUCUCAGACCACCAGCUCGUCAAACAAUGAAAAAACUGGAGAACAGGAGAAAGAAGAGGACAUCGCUGUGCUGGCGGAGGAGAAAAUUGAACUUUUGUGCCAGGACCAAGUUUUGGACCCAAAUAUGGACCUUCGAACAGUAAAACACUUCAUAUGGAAGAGUGGCGGUGACCUCACCCUCCAUUACCGUCAGAAGUCCACGUGAGGCCGUGAGGGCAAACACUCCUGGGUAUUCAUUUACUGACCUUCCUCUUGUGGUCCUGAGAGUAGUACUACCUAGUGAAGCCCACUGAACCCCCACAGUAGCGAGACUUCUAACGAUCGAUUCAGUACGGACCGAGAUUACCCCUUUUAACUGAAGUGACUAAUAGAGAUGUAAUAUAGAAACACAGUCUUUCCGGCCUAGACUCCAGUCUGUCCCCAAGGGAGGCAGCGUGUGCAGGUGAAGGGAGGUGUGUGCGAGGAGCGCCCUCCAGGCCAAGGCAGACUCUGCUUCUCCUUUUUUUUUUUUUCCAAUGACCUCGUCAUGCUUGUUAGGAGACACUUGGGGGCCAUAUCUGUCACUGUGUUCCAAAUGUAAUUCAAACCUGCACGAUGUCUCGUCUUUUUUUUUUAAGCACAUUCCAUUCAGAGAGCACCUGCGAUGACCUUUCAAGCUGGUCAUCAAAAAAAUCAAAUAAUUUUCACCAUCAAAGACAAGAUCUUUUUUUUUUUUAAUGGGGAAACAGCCUUGCACCCCUGAAGGCAGCCCGUUCACUUACAAUAUUAGACUGGUUUUUUAAAUACUGUACUUCAGAUGUGUUCUUGUAGAAAGAUCUGGUGAAGUUCAGCAAUCCUGAGGCAGAACACUCCAGAGACACGGUUGCGGGGUCAGUUCAGUGAUGUCGGCAUCAUUAUGGAGUCAGCACUUUUUUCAGCAGGAGCCAAUUCAAACUUAGCCAUCUCUCUUCCUUCCUGCACCGUGUCCAGUUGGGACUUGCGCCAGCUGAAAUUCAGGUUACAACUCCAGGUGGAAACCUGAACUUUGUUCAAACUUAAGAGCAUUCUGAAAUUUUAGCUUCAUUUAAAUGUUACCUGAAAUUUCUGUCAGAGUAAAGAAGUAUCCGAGCAGAUUAAUUUGAUGUUCAAUCUAAAGUAGCUCUUUGUUUUCCAAAGUUUUAUAUGCCUUUUGUUGUUGUUACACUUAGAUCUUCUUUUCACUGUUCUUUCUAAUGAUCUAAAGCUUUCAUACGGUCAGUCAUCUGGGUCUUGUAUAGAGUUUAACUUAUUGGGGGAAAAAACAUUUCAACUUUUGGCAGGGAAAAAAAUGGAACUUUGGAUUCUGCCCAAAGGCUGUUUGUAUGCAGAACAGAUCAGAGGUCCACCCCGAGGACUUGUGUAAGACGAGACUCCUGUCCCAGGCCAGAAGCACAAGUGCCUUUGGAGGGUGGCUUGUUCCAUGCAGAUGUUCUUCCUGGCCUUGCUCCAGCCCCUCCUGUGGUGUGGGGGGACAGGAGAGGAUUGGGGAGAAUUAUUUUCUACAUCUCUGGGGGGUGGGGCAGCCAGGGGCAGCAGACAGCUCUGGGGCCACAAGGUUCCAGUCCACACUCCUGCAAGGACUGGGCUCUCUCACUCCCAUCAGGCUUCAUUUGGAAAGCAGCCAAUUCAUGCCUCCUGCCCUUGCAGGAGCUAAACAGACACACCGUGCUCCAUCUCCAGUCCACUCGGACAGGCUCCUGCCUUUAGAGAAAAACUGGGGGUAUGCAGUGGGAUGCAUCACGUGCUGUGGUGGCACAUUUUUAGCAAUGUUUCUGAAUUAGGUGGAAAAAAGAAAUGCCAUUGGAACUUAUCAGUUGGCUCCUGAUCGUAAAUCCUGUGAGCAGGAGGAGCCAUUCUUCUGAUGGAAGUGAGUUCUUCCAGGUCCCUGUGGGUGCCCAAGUUUUACAGCUGCUGCUCCCUCUUUACUUUCAUGGACCUAAGCUCCACCAGGGUUCUCUUUCAUUCCCCUCCCUCUCCCCCUUCCUCUCUCCCUUCCUUUUCCUUCUAACCAACUCAGUAAUGCAAUUUCAGGAAAGUCUGACAGAGUCUGCAAUGCCAAAAGGGUAAAUAAUCUGUAUUUCACAGUUGUAUAGAAUAAAAGGCUUUAGUUAAAAUAU